GCUUAUGAAGCAAAGGCACAUAAGCUUAAUACUAAUGUAAAUAAUUUUGAAGCAGAAAGUUCUGAUGAUAUUGACAGUCUUUCUGCUUGUGACGAGCUAGAAGAUUAUGAUAGUGAUGACGGUCUUCCUGCUCAUAAUGAGCUAAUUGAGAAUAAUGAUGCUGAAAACAUUGUAAAAAAACUUCAAGAUGCUGCAAAUAAAUAUUACUGGGAAUGUGAUUCUAACCAAACCCGUAGACUACGUUAUUUAGGAAACUCAGUUCGAACUAAAAGAAGAAAAAAACAGCAACAACAUAAGGCAGCAAAAGGAACCUCUACAUUACAUACUUUCUGGGUCCAAAAAAAAUCUUCUGAAGAAACUAGUGAAGCAGAAUUGUAUGAUGAUGUUGAUGAACGAUUAGAGAAUGAAAGACAGUUAGAAAAAUUUGAUGAUGAACAGUUGGCAAAUAAAGGAUGGUUGGAAGAAGUUGAUGAGAAUGAUAUUGGAGAAAU